UUAAAGAAAAAUUCAAAAAGAGUAUUUGAAAUACCAAAUAUUUUUUUUUUCUUAUUUAGCAAUAGUAAAAUCAAAGAAAAAAUGAAUAAUAACAAUAAUUAAAAAGAACCUGUGAAAUUUUGUGAAUUUGCAAAGACUAUUCCCACACAUUUUGUGCAAAAUUAAACGAAAACCGAAUCAAAAAUCAAAUAUAAUAAAAAAAGCAAACAGGAGGAACCCAAGGAACACGGAACACGACGGCAGAAGAACACCGAGGAUCAACGGGAAAAGCUCUGGAGAAGUGCAUGUCAGCUAAUGGCAAGAGCGAAAUAAGUUUCGUGUUAUAAGAAAAGGGAUCUGCCGAGCUGCAGUCACAGAACGCCAUGCGCCAUGUCAAAACUUCGGCAUUACAGGUCCAUGGAUCAGCCCUGCAGCAGCGUCGUCAUACGCAAAAAGAACCUGACAUCCGUAUGCUUCGUCUGCAACCUGCCCAUUAUGUCGCACCAGGUCGGCCUGGUGUGGCAAGGCGGCAACGGCUGGGACGACUUGGUGCGCGAACAGUUGGAAGAAUCGACGAUACGUCAACGUCUUGGCGGUCGUCGCGAUUCGGCGGCCCAAAUCACAACGCCGCCAAGUCAAUCGCCACCACCUGGCUUGCAGCGACGCCGUCGCAGCUCGUUGGCUCAAUUAACUGACAUUUUGCGCGAGUGGAGCGGCGGCACCAACAAGCAACAGCAGCAACAGACGCAACAGCAGGCCGCACGCAACAAGGCGCAAUUGAAUCGCCGCGAAACUCUCGCCGAUCUCGCUCGCAGUUUACCCUGGCGCACCUCAACCACCGAUGCCAGCACUGGAGCCGGCGGUAGCGGCGGCAACACCAACACCGGAAAUACCACAUAUGUUACUCCGCGCAAGCGUCGCGAAUCGAGCGCCGAUUCAGGGAUACGCAGCAUGCGAUCGCGACGCGAUUCCAACACCGCCGAGUUUGUCAAGCACUGGAAUCGACGCGAGAGCACCACCGUUGAGGAGCAGCCAUCGUCGUCGGGUGGCGGCGUCGUUGUGCCUGUUGUCAUCGAGUGCACCAAGAGUGCCUCGCGACGCGGCUCAGGCGAAAGCUACCUGUCGAGCAGCCGUCGCGACAGCAAUGUUGCCGGCCGCGUGACAACGCCGCCUCCACCACCCAAAUACCAAGUGACCAAGAAGCGUGACUCGCUCGCCGCACCGGAAUUUCCCAAUUUCCGGCAGGAGCAACGUCCAUCGACUAGCUCCGCCGGCUCCUGCUCCGACUCUGUGCCACUAAUCUCAACCAGCACUUAUCACCACCAGCAGGUGGACUCCGCCUGUCAGGCCCUGCCGCCACCGACCAUCAUCACCAGCUCGGUGACGCCGCCAGCAACGAGUCCGACGGCGCCGAAGGGUCGCCGCGAUUCGACCACCCAAUGCGGUCGGGUCAAUCGACGCGACUCGAAGGCGGGCAUCAGUCCCGAGCGUGCGCCGCGCUUGCAGCGUUUGCAGCGUCAGGCGACGGCCUUCGAUGAGAGCUGUUUGCCCGGCGGCAGUCGACGCGGCUCGCAGCCCGCUUUGAGUCCCGAUCCGCCCGAGGAGGGCGAACGCCGGACGUCGCGACGUGACUCACUGUCGCCGGACAGCGCAUCGCGCGGAGGUCGCCGUGAUUCCCGUACGCAUCUCUCACCGGAUCGUUCCCAUGAACGCGACGGCAGUCCACGGCGUCAUACGCUGCGACGCCAGAGCAGCUCGGCGGCACGAUCGCCACGCUCACCGGACUCAAACAGUUGCUCGUCGUCCCGGGAUCCCAGUCCGUGCUCCCGCCCGCCGCCGUUGACCACCGUCGAGCAGAAUCAACGGCCGGCGAUUAGGCGGCAAUCGACCACGGAGGAAAUUUUAAUCGCCCGGGGAUUUCGACGCCAAUCCACCACCGAGGAGAUGAUACGUUGUCGCAAUUUUCGACGCCAAAGCUCCCAGAGCGAUGAUGUCUGUCGCUAUCGUGGCAGACGCGACUCUUCGGCGCAGAUUAUUGACGGCACCAUCGGCACCAUGACCGUGGAAACAACCAGCACUUUCUUUGACUCCAGUACACAGACCGAACCUUCGCCACUGUACGAUAACAAUCACUAUCAUGAGGAAUGUCUGCGCUGCAAUUCUUGUGGUCUCAAUUUGACUGGUCCAAACCAGAAACGCGCCCGAAGGUUCAAGAAUCAAAUACUCUGCGAUCUGCACUUUGCCGACGUGGCCCUAAUGGAGUGCUCCGAUUUUAUGCAACAGCUGCGCAGCUUCAAGCCACAAUCGCUGGGCUGUGCGGUUGCCAGGCGCAAAAGCUCAACGACAUUAAUAUUUCCACUGCCGCCGCAAGCUUGUUCAGAUGAAUUCUGUGAGGAGUAUCCACACAAUUUGAUGCCCACACCCGGCUAUUGGAUAGAAUGUUCGAGGCAAAAGAUAACGCUGCCCACACCGCAUACGAUCUGGGAUGAGAGCGAUUCGGAGCAUGAGGAUAUACGGGCUGGGAGUGCCAGCGAUGCGUAUUUGGAGCGCGAAUGCAGUGAUCUCUAUGAGGACGAUGAGGACUCGGAGGCAACGCCAAGUCCGAGAAAGAAAACGACCAUCGAGGAGCAAUGGGAUCAGCAGGGAGCAUUCGAAUUGAUCUCUGUGGAGCAGGAGACGUACGAGAAGUAUUUCUAUGGCACCGAACAUUGGAAUUACUUUACAAGUGAUGAGGAUCUCGGUCCCGUCAUACUAUCCAUCAAGCAGGAGACGCUCAAUGGACGCGAUCAGUUUCGCAUUCUGGUGCGAGCUGGUUCCUAUACGGUCCAUGGACUGAUACCGGCCUCCUGUGUCUUUGCCGACAGAUACAAUCGCGAGGAGGUAGUUAGAUCUUUAGGUAAAGAAGUUAAUUUAAAUCCACCUUUAACAUUAGGACAAUUACCCGAUACGCCAGAAGAAUUACUAAAAUUAGAUCAGGUUUUUAUUAAAUCCGAAUUAAAAGUUGGCGUCAUUUUCGUCAAAGAGGAUCAAUAUUCGGAAGAGCAAAUUCUGGACAAUAAUGAAAAUUCACCGCUCUUCGAUGAGUUCCUCACGCUGCUCGGCGAUCGUGUUCGACUCCGUGGCUUUGAUAAAUACAAAGGUGGCCUUGAUACGGUGCAUGACCUAACAGGUCUAUUCUCCGUUUAUACCAACUGGCGCAACAUCGAGAUCAUGUUCCAUGUGUCCACUCUGCUGCCAUACGAGAAACACGAUCCACAGAAAUUGCAACGCAAGCGACACAUUGGCAAUGACAUCGUUUGCGUAGUGUUCCUCGAGGCGGACAACACCCGCUUCAGUCCCGCCUGCAUCAAAAGUCACUUUCUGCACACCUUCAUAUUGGUGCGUGUCUCGGCGCGAAUCAAACACAAGCCCACACGCUACGAGGUGUCUGUGGUGACACGUGACGAGGUGGGCGCCUACAAGCCCUACCUCUGGGAGCAGUCGGUGUUCGAGAAGGGUCCCAUGUUUCGUGAAUGGCUGUUGACGAAGAUUGUGAAUGGAGAGCGUGCCUCGUAUUCGGCGCCGAAGUUUGCCAGGAUGCAGGAGCGAACGCGCUCCCAGAUGUUGGAGGAUCUGGUGAUGAAUCUAUCGAAUCAUGCGGAGACUGGACAAAUACCGAAGCCCUAUAGACGCGGCUCCUGGCGGCCCAUUGGCCACAUGAGACCUUCGUCGCCGCUGCUGGACUCGGUGCGAGAUCAAUUUGAAGACUACGAUCAGCUAGCCAAAGACUUUACGCGUGUAUUUCUAAAUGAAGAACCAUCGUGCCUCACAAAUGCCCAUCUCUUCGAUGUGGUCUUUCUGGUGGGUCAGUCCAAGCAGAAGGCACGCCUCAUUGGUGUGCGUGCCAUCUUGGGAGUACGCAGUCGCGUUUUUCAGGAAAUGCUGUAUGGCAUACAGACUGGCUUUGGCUCACCGCAAAUUCCGGUCGCUGAGAUCUUUGCACGUCCGGCACCGUCGCUCGUCUCGCCGCAGAACCAAAAGCCGAAGAGCAACAACUAUCUGACCGUACCGGACUCGGAUUCGAUUCGACCGAAGAGCGUGCCAUCGUCGCCGAUGGUGAAGCGAGCAUUCUCGAGGCUGGGGACGAUAACCGCUGGCUGGGGGCGAUCGAUAAGAAAUAAGAAUUCGAAUCAGUUGAAUCCGGAUGAUAAAAAGAAAUGGAUAUCGUCGACGGAUUGUUCGAACAGAGAUAGUAAAGACAAGGACAAGGACAAGCCGGGCAACAAUCAGUUGGCGGUGCCGCGUCUCUCCGUCUGCGCCGAUGCCCAGAAAGUGGACCGCGCCAAGCUCGCACAGACCGAGUUCAACAUCAUCGAGUUCGACCCGGACACGUUUCGAGUGCUGCUCGACUAUCUACACACUGGCACUUGCCCGUUGACCUGUGUCUCCAUACCAGGUCUACUGUGCGCGGCGGAGCAUUACGAUCUGCCGGAGCUGCUGCAGGCGUGCUUCCAUCACUGCAAGCAAUUUUUGAGGAUCGAAGUCGUCUGUCCAAUGCUGAUUUCGCUGGAGAAUUACUACUGGCGCUACACAUCCGCUUCCGAGUUGGUCAACAUGAUACUAUCGUUCGUUGAGAGCAAGGCGCAUUCGCUGUUCAAAUGCCCCGAAUUUUUGAAUCUGUCCGAGUCGAUGGUGCAGAUGAUUAUGUGCCGGGAAUUGCAGACACCGGAGAUCCGUAAAUUUGAGGCAAUGCUGGCGUGGGCACAGAACAAGGUGGGAAAGCUAAAGAAUCAUCCCAAUAAGGAUACACAAUUUGAAUUUGAGUGCAUCAUGGAGCGUUUGACGCGGGAUUUGAAUCUAUGCCGCAUUUCGCCCAGCGAACUGCUCACCGUUGUUCUGCCCUCGAAGUCGAUGAAGAACGAACGGAUCAUGGAGACGCUCAUGGUGCAGGUGAAUUUAGGCACCUAUCGCAUGCCCGAGCUGGAUGCGUAUCGUCAGCAGUUGCGACAGCAGGAGUCCGCCGAGGCCACCGUGCAAGUCCAUCGGGGUGGAUGAGACAGUAAGAAUGUGAGUUUCGAUUUGGAUCAGCCACAACAGCAGCAGCAGCAGCAGCAGCAACAGCAGCAACAACAACAGCAGCAACCACAACAUCAGCAGCAGCAGCAGCAGCAACAACAACAGUUGGCGCUCAAUUUGAGUGACAACAACACAACAACAGGAACAACAACAAUAACAACACCGGACUACAACAACACUGGACUGUUAACACCAAACCAAACUGGCGCCAUUGGCGGCAUUGGCAUUGGCAUUAACAUUGGCACCGGCAGCUGUGCCAUCCAAAUGGAUGCACGCGCCUAUGCCAUGGCCUCCGUUGCCGUUGCACUUGAGCAUCAACAGCAGCAACAGCAACAGCAGCAGCAGCAGCAACUGCAACAGCUGCAACAACAGCAGCUGCAACAGCUGCAGCUGCAGCAUAAUACACCACGCGAUGCCACCGACGAUGAGGUCGAGCUGUAUGCCAGCUUUGAUAUGGCGCCCAGCACCAGCCGUGUGGCAGCCCAAAUGCAGGCUGCCAAGGAGGCGAGACGCAAGCGUUGGGCCGCCGAUGGCGCCAGCCAAGGCAGCAGCGAUGGCGGCGGCUGUGCCAGCCAAGGCAGCCAAGGUAGCGGAAGACGUUACUAAACAGCAACACCACAACAACAACAACAACAACAAAGCAUCAACACACACAUCAAAUCACUCACACACACACACAACUUGAACUGAACUUCUACAGAGCAAUACUCAACCAGACUUUCAACAACACUUGCCAAAGACUAAGCCACAAAAAUUCGAUAAUUUGAAAAUUCAAAAAAAAAAAGGAUGACAAAAAAUACCCUUGCAGUUAGUAGUUGAUGUGAGUUUGUUGUUGGUUUUUUUUUUAGCAACUUUAGUAAUUAAGUACUUAAUCAUGAGCAUAUAAAGCAUUCUCGUUCUUUCAUUUCACACGACUUAAGCGCUGUUCCCAGUCGAACGAAUUAAAUGAGCUGAGAAUAAGCUUUAGAUUUCACAAGUUUCACAAAUUUUAGUGUGACCAUUUCAGCCACUUUUGUGUGCCUAAAUUUGGCACGGAAAUGGUUAGAAACAAUAAAUUUAUGGCCACACUGAACAAUCGUUUAUUAAAUUGACUAAAUUAUUGAAAGAAAUAGAUGAACAUAAAACUAAAGAAAUUAUAUUACAACUUGGUUGUUAUAAUUAUCUAUUUUUUUCGUUUUCUUAAAAUCUGAUUGGAAUGUCGAUACCCUUUAAUUAUUUUAUGCUGGGAACUGAAGAACUGAACGAAAUUUCACCACAAAAUUAUUCACAAUCGUUUUGUUUUUAUAAGGAGUUGUAUGGAAAAUAAUCACAUUUUCCAAUGUUUUAGUGGUGUGAUCAUGAAGUUUUUGCUUUUUACCCUUUCCGUGACAAAUGUAGGCACACAAAAUUUGCUAAAUACGGUCACUAUAAAAUAUAUUGAACUUGCGAAAAAUAUAAAUUUUUUGCAGGUCAUUUUUUUGCACAUCAGGAAACAGCGCUUCAAACGCAGUUCACAUUAAAAUCUCAUUUGAAAACAACAUCAAGCAAAUUACAUACAUAUAUAUCCAAUUAGCAACAAUACGCUUUACGCUUACUACUCUUGCAUAGUCUAAAAUAUAUCGUGUUUUAGACAUCAAUGUAGAGCAGUAAUGUAGGUAACCGAAACACCAACCAGACUUGCAGCAACACUUGCCAAAGAUAAUGACAACAAAAAAGAAUAUCUAAAAAAAAACAAAAAGCUCUAACUGUCUCAAAAUGAAAAGAUCCCAGAUUUGAUAUGAAAAUGAUAUUGAAAUACCUAUGAAACUUCUACAUAAAUCCCAACAGAAUUAUUAAGAAAUUAUAUAUAAAUAUCAGACAUUAAUUUAUAAUUCCCCACUAAAAUAUUUAUAUUUUAUAGAAUUAAUUGAGUUCAGCUUCUAAAUAAAAAAAUGCCCAUUAAACUCGGCUUUAAAUCCAAACAAAAUUAAUAAUGAUCAGACAACAUUCAUUUUUAGUUUUGUUCAAGAAAAUAAACUUUUAAAAUAUUUAUACUUUGUCUCAAUUUGCCAUUUAAUUUCUUUAAAUUUUUUUAUGUAGAAUUUCGAACAAAAAUUGAUAUAUUACAGUUAUAGCCCAAACUUACUAGUCCCAAAAACGUUCAGCAAAAGCCCUAAAGAGAUAUUUUUCCCAGACUAUACCCAAAUAUUUGGCAUUGUAAAUAAAAUAAAAUUUCUCCCUCCCUUCAAAAACAAAAGCAGACAGAAAAGAGAAAUAAAUGUACUCGAAAAAUUUUGACAUAAACGUAACGUUGUCAUUUAGUUCUAAUCUAAUGCUGAAUCCACAAAAGAUGUUCUAUUAUUAAAAUGUGCUUAUAGAAUUUCUGUAGAGCCAAGAUUAUGAUUAUGAUGAUCCCCUAUAAAUGAGAGUCAAGUUUACCUCGCUCCGAACUCAUGCAACAGGGAACUAGUCUAUGCAUAAUCGUAAAAUAAGUUCUUCUUAAUAUAGUACUCUAGUUAAAUUCGAUUUGAAAGCUGAUGUUUGAUUUCAAUUUCAAAAUUUUCGAUAUUACUUUACGUUAGUUCAAUAUGCUUCACUUACUUUUUAUCAUUUCCAAACGUCGUCAAAAACAAAUCCAGGCAAUUGUACAUAAUAAUCCUGAAAAACAAAAAUAACUUUAAAUAUAAUCAAAUAGUAGAUACUUAUGUAUGUAAUUAUAAUGAGCCGAUGUCAAGUAGAAGAAUUGAAAGAAAUCGAAAUUCCAAAUUUGGAAGGAAUCGGACCUCAAAAAAGACAAAAACAAAAUCAAUAUGUUAAUUUAAAUUUGUGCGUUUUACUUUUAACAACUGCAAGGGUAUCAGAGAUAUAUAAAUUAAACAUAAAAAAUAUGAUAACCAAAUUGAAUAUAUAAACUGACCUGAAUUGAAACCAAUGUGUAUGUGCAUGUGCAUGUGUGUGUGUGCGUCUAACCCACCGCUCAAGAGCACCCCAAAAGAAAGACGGAAGGAAAGGAAAGGAACCAAUCAAGAAGAAAAUUAUAUAGAAGAAAAGAAUUCUAAAUCCAAAUCGAAGCUGACAUUAUUAACUCUUACAUUCACCCCGCAAGACAAAAAUUAAGAAUGAACAAAAAAAAAAAAAAUAAUAAUAAUAAUAAUUGAGAGAGACAUGAAAAACAAAAAGCGAUAAGCAUUUUCUACAAGUAUUAACCUAUGAUUAAAGCGUAUAUACAAACAAAAAAAAAAACAAAAACAAAAACUAUAUAUAUACAAAAUUUAUAUAUAUAUGUAACCAUUUAGUUUGAGAAAUUUGGCAAAA